UAUGGGACGUGUUUUUGAUGGGUGUUAUGGGACGUAUUUUUAAUAUUUUUAGAAUGUUAUUUUGACGUUGUUUUUAAGGAUAUUUUAUGGGACGGUUCUUUUUUAUGGGACGGUUUUUUAUGGUACGUGUUUUUAAUUUUUAUUUUUUAGAAUGUGUUAUUUCGACUGGAUUUUAAACGUGUUAUUUUAUGGGAUUUUUUUUUUGUGUUAUGGGACGUAUUUUUAAUUUUUGUUUUUAUCUUUGCCGUUUAGUUUAUGACGUUAAAGACUGAACACUUGGAUAAAUUAGCUGAACUAAAUACUGAUGUCGACAGUGUCGUCUACGGGUUUUCUUCAUUGUCAGCUUAUAAGCCAACAAUGCCGUUUGAAGUGAUGGUUGACGGUGUGUGUUCACCUUGUAGAAAUGUUAAAUUGUUGGAUGGUAUUUUCAAACGCAACCGCAAGAGUAUGUUAAGAUGUUGUAUUGUGACUGAAUUUGGUUUUUUUUUAAAUUUUAAAUUUUUUUUAGACUUCAACCAUGUUGAAUUUACUCUUGGGGGGGACCCGUCCCUGCCAAUAAGGGUUCUCGUUAGUUUUUUGAAAAAGGAUAAUAUUUCUGAAUAUGAUUCCGAUUCCUCUGCUGAGGAGGAAGUUGCAACAUUGGAGUCCGGUGAUGUGAAUUGGCGGAAACGAUUUAUUGAGAGUAUUUUUGGUCCUGCCUUGGCCAGGCUUUCGUCCAAGUCUUUGAGCAGGAUGAAAGGUGCCGGUAACAUAAGUUCUGACAAGUGGCACAUCCAUCAUUCAGAUUGGUCUAAAAUCUGUUUUUAUGUCGAUCAAAUUGCCAGAGAAGACGAUACUUUUGGACAGUAUCUGUAAGCUAAUUUUUUUUUGUUAUUUUUUGCGUUCACUCAUUUUGCAUAUCGAUUGUUGUUAUUUUAUUCAUAUAUAUUCUUUUUUUUUUUGGUUUAAAUGUAGAUUUUAUUGUGCCGCUCAUGGUCUCCACAUGUCCCCCGAAUCCACCGUCCCUUUUAUUAGUAGG